AUGAAGUCUUUCGCUGCCGCCGCCUUCCUCCUCGCCACCCUCGCUGAGGUUGCGCAAGGCCACUACAUCUUCCAAUACCUCACCGCCAACGGUGCGAAGGGUGCCCAGUACCAGAACAUCAGGAAGAACACGAACAACAACUCACCCGUCACCGUAUUGACCGACACCAAUCUUCGCUGCAACGUAGGAGGCGCUUCAGGAAGCAGUACUACCACCGUCUCCGUCGCCGCCGGCUCCUCAGUCAGUUUCACCGCAGACCAAGCAGUCUACCACCAGGGCCCCGUCUCCUUCUACAUGACCAAGGUCUCUGACGCCCCAGCCGCUGAUGGCUCCUCCGACUGGUUCAAGAUAAAGGAGAUUGGUCCGACGUUCAGCGGCGGCCAGGCGAAAUGGGACUUGAGCCAGACAUAUUCUGUCAAUAUCCCAAGCUGCGUCGCACCCGGUGACUACCUGCUUCGUAUCGAACAGCUCGGUAUCCACAACCCUGGGUCGCCGCCUCAGUUCUACAUCUCUUGCGCGCAGGUGAAGGUUACGGGGGGGGAGGGUCGGGGACGCUCUCGCCGACCACUAAGAUCCCUGGGCAUGUUAAGGCUACGGAUUCGGGGUACACUGCGAACAUCUACAGCCCAGACUUCAAGAGCUAUGUUGUUCCUGGACCGAAGGUGGCGACUUGCUGAGGAAAUAGCAAAGAGUUUAGUGAGGACUCUAUAG